ACCCAGUCGGCACCCCUUCCCUCACUCCCUGGCCUUCCUCGGACCUUGCACACCCCAGGCGGGGUGGGGGGGCCCAGUUGCCGCCUCCUUGGUGUGCAAGGCCCGAGGAAGGCCCUGCCUUGUGCAGCCCCCGCCCCCCAGACCCUGCACCCGGUGUCCCUUCUGCCCGAGCAGGAAGGCGGAGCCGCCACACCCCAGGGCGGGCACUGCGGGAGGGCGGCCCAUAAAGAGGCGGGUUGAGUGGGCAUUGUGCGGAGUGGCGGGGAUGGGGCUGCCGGGCGCGCCGGGCGCAGCCCUCACCCUGCUGGCGGCCCUGGCGGGCUGGUCCUGGUGGCUCCCGAGGGCCGGCGCCCAGGCCUUGAAGAGCUUCCAAGAGGACCAGUUCCAGGGCCACUGGUUCGUCCUGGGCAUGGCGGGCAACUCCAACAGCAGGGCGGACAGGUCCCUCCUGAGCCCUUUCACGGCCACGUUCGAGCGAAGAGGGAAGCGCCACCUCGAAGUGUCCUACGCCAUGAACCGGGGUACCCGCUGCAUCACCUGGUCUUACCUGCUGACCCCCACGGCCCAGCCCGGGCAGUUCUCCGUGGACAACAACAGGGAGCCCGGGGCCCCGGCCGAGGAGCUGCAGGUGCAUGACACCGACUACACCAGCUUCGCCCUGAUGGUGUCCAAGCGGAAGUCUGGCAGCCGGAGCAUCCUCAGGGUCUACCUGCUGUGCAGAAUGUGGGCGAUGGAGGCCAAGGCCCUGGACGGGUUCGCCUGCCUGCUCAAAGCCCAGGGCCUCUCGGAGGACAACAUCAUCUUUCCAGACUCAGCAGACUGGUCAUCCCACCAGAGUUCGUGCUGAUGGAAGGAGUGGCCCCGGCCAGGCCCCGUCACUGCCUGGCACUCGCCCUCAGCGGGGGUCACAGGGCCCCGCCCACCAUGAGUGACCUCAGUGGCCGUGGACCAUUUCCUCCCGGCGUGGCCUGGGCCCGAGGGCAGCAGAGGACACUCCUCGCCUGGGGGGACCGCCGUCCGAGGGCUCAUGGUGAUCGUUGGCCCUGCACUGCGGGCACUGGGUGGCCGGGUCCCACCGUGCCUCCUGGCCGCCUCUUUAGGGUUGAAUGAAUCGUCUG